GUUGGGAAGUUUUUUUAUUUUAUUUUAUUUUUCUCAAGUGCAUUGCAUUGCAUGGUGUACGAAUUAACGUAUGGAUUUUGGAUUUUAUUAAACAAUAUGAAUGGAGUAGGUGAGGUUCCUUACAGAGAAGGGCAAUCGAUAGGAAUAAUUCCAGAAGGAAUUGACAAGAACGGGAAGCCACACAAGCUGAGGUUAUACUCUAUCGCCAGCAGUGCCAUUGGUGACUUUGGAGACUCCAAAACCGUUUCUCUCUGUGUCAAGAGGUUAGUUUACACUAACGAAAGCGGAGAGAUUGUUAAGGGAGUCUGCUCCAACUUCUUGUGUGACUUGAAGCCAGGUGAUGAGGCAAAGAUCACUGGACCUGUUGGAAAGGAAAUGCUUAUGCCAAAAGAUCCUAAUGCCACCAUCAUCAUGCUUGGAACAGGAACUGGAAUAGCUCCAUUCAGAUCAUUUUUGUGGAAAAUGUUCUUUGAGGAGCACGAAGACUACAAGUUCAACGGUUUGGCAUGGCUCUUCUUGGGUGUACCAACAAGCAGCUCACUGCUCUACAAGGAGGAGUUUGAGAAGAUGAAGGAGAAGAACCCUGAAAACUUCAGGCUGGACUUUGCGGUGAGCAGGGAGCAGACGAACGACAAGGGAGAGAAAAUGUACAUACAGACGAGAAUGGCAGAGUACGCAGAAGAGCUGUGGGAGUUGCUGAAGAAAGACAACACCUUUGUUUACAUGUGUGGUCUCAAGGGUAUGGAGAAGGGCAUCGAUGAGAUCAUGGUCUCACUUGCUGCUAAAGAUGGGAUCGAUUGGUUGGAGUACAAGAAGCAAUUGAAGAAGAGUGAGCAGUGGAAUGUGGAAGUCUACUAAGGAAAGAAGCUUGUGAGGGGUUUAUUAUUAUUAAAUAUUAUGUAGAUAAAGGAGCUGAUGCCAUUGUCAAUUCUUCAUCUUUCUUCUGCAUUUGAGAAUUUUCCAUCAACAAUCUAAAGAGCAUCAUUACCACCAAAA